UCAUCAUCCAUCAUCCAUCACCUCAACAAACCGAAGCCUCGUCUCUCUACUUAUUCCACAUUCAGCCUCGCCACCAGUAAGACAGAUCAUCGAUAUCGACAAGAAAACCCAUUUACGACCCCCUUUUCAAUACUACGCCCCUCGACAUCAUCCAAUCUAUAUCGAACGCACCUAAUACAUAGGUUAGGUACCUUAUUCAUAUCAUAAGCCAUGGCCGCACCUUCAAACAAGUCCGGCGACAAGCCCGCCGCCGAACCCUCCAAGGAGCAGCCCCAGGCGCAGCAGAAGCCGGCUACCGCGCUGGAAGAGGACGACGAGUUCGAAGACUUCCCCGUAGAAGACUGGCCUACAGAGGAGACCGAAGCAGCAGCGACGGCAGUGACGGGAGGCAACGGCACUACGACGCAGCACCUGUGGGAGGAGAGCUGGGACGACGACGACACCUCCGACGACUUUUCCGCGCAACUAAGAGAGGAACUCAAGAAAGUCGAAGCCUCGAAGCGAAGAUGAGACCGUAUCUACGGGCUGGGCGUUUCCGGGCACGACGGUCGAGCAUGCGAGCAGGCAGGACUAGUGGCAUUAGGGUCAGGCCAUGACUAAGAAACCGAACCGCAUUGUAUCUAUUCUCCAGCGCUCUGCACUAUUUCGCUAGGCGUAGAGCAAAUGAGCAAGGCUUUGAUUAAUAGACUGGCAGAUGUAGAGCUGCCGAGUAUGACACAAUAGAGACUCCCUUGCCUUUACGUAUCGACACUUCUUUCUCCUUGUAGCUAAUAUGAGAAUCGGUAUUAUUAUCAUUAUCCAGAACAAGAUACCUCACAGACGAAAUAGC